CCAAGCCCACCCAAUAUUGGUGAAAAUAUAACAAAAAUAGAAGGCUGCAUCUAUCUAACGAAGUAACGUAAUAUCGCAAGAACAGAGCACAGAAAUUCUUCUUCAGACAGGGGGAGAGAGAGAGAGGGAGAUCUGUUAUCUUCGGGGUUAUGUUCAUCCCAUAAGGCACAAGCUAUAGCUAAAUUUUCCCAAAGACCCCCCCCCAUUUAAAUAAUAUUUCCGAAGUUCAAAGAUAUGGAUCUCAGCCAGCCACAAGGGGAAAACUAUGCUAACCCAAAGACAUGCUUCUUCCAUGUUCUUUUCAAGGCUGGGGCGUUGGCUUUUUACAUACUUUCUGCCCUCUUCUUUGAUAACUUUGUCAUCAUUUUUGUUGUGACUGUUCUUCUUGCUGCUCUUGAUUUCUGGGUAGUUAAGAAUGUGAGCGGACGCAUUUUAGUUGGUUUGAGGUGGUGGAAUGAAAUAAAUGAUCUUGGUGAGAGCGUGUGGAAAUUUGAGUGCCUUGACCAAGAGUCAUUGGCUCGGAUGAACAAAAAAGAUUCAUGGCUCUUCUGGUGGACACUUUACCUCACGGCUGUUGCAUGGAUUGUGCUUGGAAUAUUUUCUCUAAUAAAGUUUCAGGCAGAUUAUCUCCUUGUUGUAGGAGUUUGUUUGACCCUCAGCAUUGCAAAUAUUGUUGGCUUUACCAAAUGCCGCAAAGAUGCGAAAAAGCAGAUCCAACAGUUUGCCUCCCAGACCAUUGCCUCCCGGUUCUCAUCAACGAUUCAAUCAGCAUUCAGUGUUGUGUGAGUCACGCAAGCAGGAAGAUGGAAAUAAUUUUUGUGGAAUGAACUUGUGUAAGAGGCGUGUACAUGAUCACCAUAUUGACCGGCGUUAGCCUGGCUUCUUAUUGAGCUUCUGUAGGGAUACGAAGGUUGCAGAUACAAAGUUUUUGUAUGGAAUGUUUAAUAUCUCUAUUGGCAUGUUUGAUAAAUACAGGAAUAUUCAGAUUUGGACCAUUAACUUUGGCUUUUUUGCCCUCUUUUUUAAAAUCAUAAUUUGUAUUUUAUAGGCAUAUUAUUAAUGAAAGAGUCCCAUGCACCAGAA